CUAUUCAAGUAUACGCAGUUCUUUCUUUUUGUUUGUUUUGUUUCAGAUUAAAGUAUAUACAGUUAAUUAACUUAUUAUACACACCCUUUCACCGAUCAUCAUUAUGAACACAAAUUCAACUAUUAAAGUCAAGCUUCCUUCCAACCUUUCAACUCGUUGACUAAGAAAGGAUAAACUCUAGCUGGAUCCAUCAUCCACCUCAAGUGGCUUACGCAACUUGAUGAAGAUUGAGUAACACCCCUGGUUUGUUCACACUCUAAUUUUUAACUCUAUUUUAGCUUCGGUACUGAGUGUGUUGUGUUUGAACAACUUUGUCUACCCUCGUUUAUUAGUUUCAGAAACUCGGGUUUUGUCAUAUUCAAGGUACUGGAAAAAAUUCAUGGCUGAAAGUGAUUUUUACACGAAAGAUGGAACAGUGGAUCACAAGGGAAACCCUGCAAACAUAAAGAAAACUGGAACCUGGAAAGCUUGCCCCUUUAUUAUUGGAAAUGAAUGUUGUGAAAGAUUGGCUUACUAUGGGAUGAGCAGCAAUCUAGUGCGAUACUUCAAGCACCGACUAAAUCAGCAUACUUCUGUUGCUACUAGAAAUAACCAGAACUGGAGUGGGACAUGCUACAUCACACCGUUGAUCGGAGCGUUUUUGGCUGAUGCUUACCUGGGAAGAUAUUGGACGAUUGCCCUUUUCUCAAUCAUUUAUGUUUUUGGAAUGACACUUUUGGCAAUGUCUGCAACUGUACAUGGCAUCAAGCCAAGGUGCUACACAGAAGACAACUGCGACCCAACAGUGACUCAAAGUGCUGUGUUCUUUGUAGCACUUUACCUGGUAGCACUAGGAACAGGAGGAAUUAAGCCUUGUGUCUCAUCAUAUGGAGCGGAUCAGUUCGAUGACACCAACGAGACCGAGAAGAAACACAAGAGCUCUUUCUUCAACUGGUUUUAUUUUUCCAUUAAUAUCGGUGCUCUAAUUGCUUCCUCUGUGCUGGUCUGGGUGCAGGAUAAUGUGAGUUGGGGAUGGGGUUUUGGAAUUCCAGCCAUUGCUAUGGCAAUAGCUGUUGUAUUUUUCUUUUCAGGUACUCGUUUGUACCGAAACCAAAAGCCUGGAGGCAGCCCUCUCACACGCCUCUGUCAGGUUGUGGUAGCCUCCUUCAGGAAAUGCCGAGUGGCCGUCCCUGCUGAUAAGUCUCUCCUGUAUGAGACCAUGGAUGCUGAAUCUAAUAUCAAGGGAAGCCGGAAGGUCGAGCACACAGAAGAUCUUAGUUUCUUUGACAAAGCGGCUGUGGAAACCGAAUCAGACGACAUAAAGGGUACAGUAAACUCAUGGAGACUUUGCACAGUUACUCAAGUAGAGGAGCUAAAAGCUGUAAUUCGCUUGCUUCCCAUAUGGGCCACCGGGAUCAUCUUUGCUGCAGUCUACAGUCAGAUGAGCAAUUUAUUUGUGUUGCAAGGCGAAAGAAUGAAUACGCACGUUGGCAAUUCUACGUUCAAGAUCCCACCAGCAUCGCUUUCAAUAUUCGACACCCUCAGUGUGAUCUUUUGGGUGCCAAUCUAUGACAGAAUCAUUGUCCCAGUGACGAGAAAAUUCACCGGUCACAAGAACGGCCUAACUCAACUUCAACGGAUGGGCAUUGGCCUCUUCAUAUCAAUAUUUGCCAUGGUAGUUGCAGCGAUUCUGGAACUCGAACGACUCCGGGAAGUGAGGAGGCACAAUUACUAUGAGGUUAAGGAAAUGCCUAUGACAAUAUUUUGGCAAGUCCCACAAUAUUUCCUCAUAGGGUGUGCAGAGGUUUUCACACUCAUCGGACAGUUGGAAUUUUUCUACGAGCAAGCGCCUGAUGCCAUGAGGAGUUUCUGCUCGGCUCUGCAACUCACUACCAUAGCACUUGGUAACUACUUGAGCUCUCUGCUUGUCACCAUUGUCACUGCUAUAACCGCUAGGAAUGAUAAGCUUGGGUGGAUACCGGACAACUUAAAUUAUGGCCAUAUUCAUUACUUCUUCUUUCUCUUAGCAGUGCUGAGUGUGCUUAACUUAGGAGCAUUUCUCUUGAUAGCAAAAUGGUACACAUACAAAAAGGCAGUGGGAACUCUUCGUUGAUUCUGUACCUCUUUACCAUGCCAAAGCAAAUGUAAACAACUGUAUAUGUAUCUCCACCACGCCCUCCCCUUUACACUGUUAAAACAUGAAAUGCUUCUCAUGUCUGAUUUUAAAUGAGUUAAUAAACAAUGAAACAAGGUGAGAAAGAUAUAGAGGAUAUAA